ACAGCAGCCUCUCACAUACAGCCUGGCACCCAUGGGUACCCUCACCAUGCUGCGAGUGUGGGUGCUGAGUGUGGUUACAUUACUAAAUGGAGCUUCAACACAGCAAACAGUGUCCCAAAGGUAUAUACUGCCAACAACACGGUUUAUACAGCCGACAACACGAAUCAUAGGUGAUAGCUAUCAGAGUCUUUACGGAAUCAACGUGGAUCACAACCUGCAGGUGUGCAGCACAUGGGGAAACUUCCACUUCAGUACAUUUGAUGGACAGUUCUUCCAACUGCCUUAUACCUGCAACCACAUACUGACCACCCUGUGUGACAGCACCAAGACUGACUUUAACGUCCAAAUGAGGAGGCAGUAUAUCAACAAUCUCCCCACCAUCAGCUCCUUCACCAUAAAGAUACAGGGGGCUGUAGUCCAGCUUCUUGGUGGCAACAUAACCAUGAAUCAGAAGAUUGUGGACAUACCAAGCAAUCAGAAUGGAAUUUCCAUUGAGAGAAUUACAAGUUUCAUUAAGAUCAGCUCCAAGCUGGGAUUGACUGUCUUUUGGGAUGAACGCAACUCUCUGUCGAUUGAGAUAUCCACAAAGUACAGGAAUCAGACCUGUGGACUUUGUGGGGACUUCAAUGGUGUCAAGAGCAAUGAGUUCAAUGAAAAGGGUGAGCAAAUGACAUCACAACAGUAUGGCCUUAAAUGGAAGAUGGAUGCACCUAAGGAGAUAUGUGAGGAAACGGCGCUCAAUACUAAGGAAUGUCAGAUUGAGAAAACCAAAUGUGAAAAGCUGCUUUCUGAUCCAGCCUUCAGUAGGUGUCGCAGACUCCUGUCCACUGAUGCGUUUGUGGAAGCCUGUGUUAGAGACAUGUGUCAGUGCAACAGCAGCCAGGCUGUGUGUGUGUGUGACACACUAUCUGAGUUCUCACGCCAGUGUGCGCAUGCUGGGGGCAAGCCGAAGAAUUGGAGGACCAACAAUUUGUGUGGUAAGAAGUGUCCAUUUAACCUGGAGCACAAGGAAUGUGGGAGCCCAUGCAAAGACUCCUGUUCUAACCAAGAGGAGAGCCAGGUCUGUGCUAAGCACUGUGUAGAGGGCUGUUUCUGUCCAUCAGGACUUGUGUUUAACGACAUUGAGAAAAAAGGCUGCAUCCCAGUUGAUCAGUGUCCCUGCAUCCACAAUGGAAAGAUUUACCAGCCUGGACAGUCAUACAAUAGGACCUGUCAAAAAUGUGUGUGUUCUAAAGGCCAGUGGAGCUGUAAGAACCUGGACUGCCCUGGCACUUGCUCUUUGCAGGGAGGGUCACAUAUCACCACAUAUGAUGGCAAAGCUUACACCUUCCAUGGAAACUGCCACUACGUUCUUUCUAAGGAUAAUAAUGUGACUGUAUUGGCGAAUCUGGUGCAGUGUGGUCAGACGAAAACUGAAACAUGUCUAACUGAGGUCAAGUUCAUCAUCCCAACAGCUACUGUUACAUUCUUGUCCAUUGGCACUGUACGAGUGAAUGAUAUUACAAACAAUCUUCCAAUUUUUGUUGAUCAAGUGACAAUCUUCAAGCCUUCUACGUUCUACAUCAUCGCCCACACUGCAAGCCUUCAGCUGGUGAUCCAAAUGGUUCCAGUCAUGCAAGUGUACAUUGUAGCCAGCUCUAAAAAGAAAGGAACAUUGAGCGGUCUGUGUGGGAAUUUUAAUGAUGUCAAGGCAGAUGAUUUCAAAACCGAAUCAGGACUGAAAGAGGGCACAGCCGCGACUUUUGCCAACACAUGGAAAGUUAUGACCACCUGUCCUGAUGUUAGUAACUGCCAUCAAGACCCCUGUAGUAUGAGUGUUGAAAAAGAGAGGUAUGCCAAAGAGUGGUGCUCCCUACUUACUGACCCAAAAGGAGUCUUUUCUCCCUGUCAUGUUGAGGUCAAUCCAGUGCCUUACAAAGAUAGGUGCAUUUAUGAUGCAUGCAAGUGUGCCAGAAGCGAAGAAUGCAUGUGUGCAGCUGUGUCUUCCUACGCCCAUACGUGUGCUGCUGAAGGUGUUCUGCUUCAGGGCUGGAGAAACACCACCUGUGAUUGUUCAGGCAAUAUGAAGUACUACUACCACCUGAGCAGUUGUGAGACCACCUGCCGCUCCCUCAGUGGAUAUGACUACACCUGUAAGGUGUCUCACACACCUGUGGACGGCUGUGCCUGUGCCAAGGGUACCUACCUCGAUGACAAGGGCAAGUGUGUGCCUGCCUCCAGCUGCCCCUGUUACCACAACAAUCAGGUUGUGGCCCCCUCUCAGGUCAUCAACAAGGACGGAACUACAUGCACUUGCACUCACGGCAAGUUAGAGUGCCUUGGGGAACUGAAAAUUGACUGCCCAGCUCCCAUGUACUACUUCAACUGCUCCAAAGCUGGACCUGGAGCAAAAGGUGUAGAAUGCCAGAAAAGCUGCCACACGCUGGACGCAGACCAGUGUAUGAGCACACAGUGUACAUCAGGGUGUGUGUGUCCAAAUGGUCAACUGGCUGAUGGACGGGGAGGGUGUGUAAAAGAAGAGAACUGUCCAUGUUUUCACAAUGGAGUCUUCUACCAGCCUGGACAAACUGUUAAAGAAGACUGCAACACAUGCACUUGCAGAAACAGAAAGUUUCUCUGCACAAGCAAAAAGUGUCCCAGCACUUGUACCAUCUAUGGUGAAGGUCAUUACAUGACCUUUGAUAGUAUGAGAUAUUCUUUCAGUGGAGACUGUGAAUACGUGUUGGCCCAGGAUUACUGUGGCAACAGUCUUAGUGGUUCAUUUCGUAUCAUCACAGAAAAUAUCCCCUGUGGCACAACUGGGACCACCUGCUCCAGAUCUGUCAAACUCUUUCUAGGGAACAAAGAGUUCAUACUGUCAGAGGAGAAAAUUAAAGUUUUCAGUACUAAUAAUGGCACAGAAAUCGCUCACAAAAUCUACACUGUGGGGAUUUACUUUGUCAUUGAGGCCAGUAAUGGUCUGGUUCUGCACUGGGACAAGAAGACAAGUCUAAAGAUUACACUCGAUCCUUUGUUUAAGAGAAAAGUAUGCGGACUGUGUGGUAACUAUGAUGGCAACGGGAAAAAUGACUUCGUGACUCGUGGUGGGGAGGAAGUGGUGGAGCCGCUUGAGUUUGGAAACAGCUGGAGAGUUUCUUCUGCAUGUCCUAAAGCCAGCAUUAUCAGCAGCCCCUGUAAUAUGAGACCACACCGACAGGCCUGGGCCAUCAAACAAUGCAGCAUUAUCAAGAGUGAUGUCUUUAAGUCAUGUCACUCCUUAGUGGAUCCAGAUCAAUAUUACGAUAUAUGUGUGCAAGACACGUGUGCAUGUGACACUGGGGGAGACUGUGAGUGUUACUGCACGGCUGUAGCAGCGUAUGCUGCAGCAUGCAACGAGAAGGGAGCCUGCAUAUCGUGGAGGACCCCAACCAUCUGCCCUUUGUUCUGCGACUACUACAAUGUACCUGGAGGCUGUGAGUGGCACUAUAAACCCUGUGGGCAAUGUGUGAAAACCUGCAGCAAUCCCUCAGGAGACUGCUUCAAUCAAACUCUAGUAGAGGGAUGUUUUCCCAAGUGCCCCACAGACAGGCCAUACCUGAACGAGGAAACCAUGAACAAAGACAACAACACGAACUACAACAGGCCCUACCACAAGAAGUUCAACAACACGUGUCUCAGUGUCCACAGCAACAACCAAACCUACAACAGUUGGCUCAACAACAUCAAGACCUCCAUCAACCACUCCAUCAACCACAUCAAGGACAACAACACGAACUACAACAGGCCCUACCACAAGAACAAAGACAACAACACGAACUACAACGGGCCCUACCGCAAGAAGUUCAACACCUUUUUCAGUGUCCACAAGAACAACCAAAACUACAACAGUUGGCUCAACAACAUCAAGAACUCCAUCCACUACAGCAAAGACAACAACACGAACUACAACAGGCCCUACCACAAGAAGUUCAACACGUUCCUCAGUGUCCACAACAACAACCAAAACUACAACAGUUGGCUCAACAACAUCAAGAACUCCAUCAACCACAGCAAAGACAACAACACGAACUACAACAGGCCCUACCACAAGAAGUUCAACAACACGUGUCUCAGUGUCCACAGCAACAACCAAACCUACAACAGUUGGCUCAACAACAUCAAGACCUCCAUCAACCACUCCAUCAACCACAUCAAGGACAACAACACGAACUACAACAGGCCCUACCACAAGAAGUUCAACAACACGUGUCUCAGGAACAACCAAAACUACAACAGUUGGCUCAACAACAUCAAGAACUCCAUCCACUACAGCAAAGACAACAACACGAACUACAACAGGCCCUACCACAAGAAGUUCAACAACACGUGUCUCAGUGUCCACAAGAACAACCAAACCUACAACAGUUGGCUCAACAACAUCAAGACCUCCAUCAACCACUCCAUCAACCACAUCAAGGACAACAACACGAACUACAACGGGCCCUACCACAAGAAGUUCAACAACAACAACAAUUACAACUCCAACAACACCUGCUUGUUUGCCCUUGACCUGUCAAUGCUCAACAUCAAGACCUCCAUCAACCACAGCAAGGACAACAACACGAACUACAAUGGGCCCUACCACAAGAAGUUCAACACCUUUUUCAGUGUCCACAAGAACAACCAAAACUACAACAGUUGGCUCAACAACAUCAAGAACUCCAUCCACUACAGCAAGGACAACAACACGAACUACAACAAGCCCUACCACAAGAACAAAGACAACAACACGAACUACAACGGGCCCUACCACAAGAAGUUCAACACUUUUUUCAGUGUCCACAAGAACAACCAAAACUACAACAGUUGGCUCAACAACAUCAAGAACUCCAUCAACCACAGCAAAGACAACAACACGAACUACAACGGGCCCUACCACAAGAAGUUCAACACCUUUUUCAGUGUCCACAAGAACAACCAAAACUACAACAGUUGGCUCAACAACAUCAAGAACUCCAUCAACCACAUCAAGGACAACAACACGAACUACAAUGGGCCCUACCACAAGAAGUUCAACAACAACAACAAUUACAACUCCAACAACACCUGCUUGUUUGCCCUUGACCUGUCAAUGGUCUGA